AUAACCUACCUUCUUGUAUUCAGACUCUCUCCCUCUCUCUCUCUCUCUCUCUGAAAAAUCUCUCUGAAAACUCUCUCUCUCUGAAAAAGAAGAAAGAAACUAAAGAAGGAAAUAAGAAAAGAAAUGGGGAAUCCGAAAGGCGAGGUGCAGAGGAGGGUGUUGUUACUGUGCGGGGACUACAUGGAAGAUUACGAGGCAAUGGUCCCAUUUCAAGCACUGCAGGCAUUUGGAGUCUCUGUUGAUGCAGUUUCUCCUGUCAAGAAAGCUGGUGAUAUCUGCGCCACUGCCAUAACCAUUCAAGUAGAGUCCACUGACCAGGCUAAUACCGAAUCUCGUGGUCACAAUUUCACACUGAAUGCAACAUUUGAUGACAUCGAAUUUGACAAAUAUGAUGGUCUAGUUAUACCAGGAGGACGAUCUCCUGAACAUCUUGCUAUGAAGGCAUCCGUUGUAGAAUUGGCGAGAAAAUUUUCUGACUCCAGAAAGCCAAUUGCUGCUAUUUGCCAUGGGCUGUUGGUCUUAGCACCUGCAGGCGCUGUUAAAGGUCGCAAAUGCACAGCGGUUUCAACUAUGAAACCUGGAUUGGUUGCUGCUGGUGCUCACUGGGUAGAACCCGAUACAUUGUCAGUGUGUGUUGCUGAUGAUAAUUUAAUUACUGGGGUCACAUAUUAUGGCAAUCCUGAGUUCAUUAGGCUUUUUCUCAAGGCACUAGGAGGCAACAUAUGUUCUUCAGAGAGAAGGGUCCUCAUCAUCAUUGGAGACUACGCGGAAGAUUAUGAGGUAACUGUGCCUUAUCAGACCCUCAAAGUUCUAGGAUGCCAUGUUGAUGUGGUUUGCCCCAAGAAGAAAGCCGGUGAUACCUGCCCAACUGCUAUCCGUGAUCUUGAAGGGAGCCAAACCUACAGUGAGAUCCAGGGACAUAAUUUUGUUUUAACAGCUGACUUUGAAUCCAUAGAUGCCUCAAGUUAUGACGCUCUUGUACUCCCUGGAGGUAAAGCUCCAGAGUUUUUGGCACUAAAGGAGGAUGUUAUUGUACUAGUGAAACAAUUUAUGGAAGCCAGGAAACCAGUUGCAUCCAUCUGCCAUGGCCUGGAAAUUUUAGUUGCUGCUGGUGUUCUGCAGGGGAAGAAAUGUACUGGAUACCCAGGGAUUAAGGCUCGUGUGGUUUCGUCAGGGGGGACGGUUGUGGAAGCGGAUCCAAUAGAUCGUUGUGUCACUGAUGGAAAUCUGGUUACCGCAGCAGCGUGGCAUGGCCAACCCGAGCUUAUUUCUCAGUUGAUGACAUUGCUUGAUAUUCAAGUAUCAUUCUAGGCACCCUUUACCGGGUCUGCUGCUUCAAAGUAAUAUAUGUAAUUCCACAAAUGAAUAAGAGAAUAAAAGAAAAGUAAACAUAGUCAGAAACUCCGUGUAAUUCAAUAAAAGAAUAAAAGCAUAUGUUAAGGUGAUGUGUGUAUCUGUGAGGGAACAAUGAUGCUCUGAUUCUGCUGUAUAUGUAACAAUUGUGGAUGGAUCUUGUAUGUUUGUAACUACGUAUUGUUGAUUAUGCUUUUUAUGGAAAUCCUUGAAUCUGCUUUCA